CGCAUGUGUUAUGUGUGCAUGUAGGCGCAGUGUUGAUUGAAGGUAUCGAGCGCCACAGCUCAUAAACAGCGUCGUCGCCCUUUACCUGCACUUAACUUGAAGAUUUCAAACUUCGUACCUCUGAAUCAAGAUGUCUCUUUCCACAUUAUGGUUGGGGAAGACUGAAGCGAAACAAAUCUCGCAAUUUCUUGUUCUCAAACAUGGUCAAGACCGGGUCAUGGUUAAACGGCAAAGCUCGUAUGAUCUCAUGCUUGACACCGCCUGCAAACAUUUCCCAAGCAUUCCGAGAUAUUUGGUCAAGUUGCAGACCAAUCAACUCGAUGUUUGUGAUGGCCACUAUGUGGACAUCACGCCUGAUAUAUGGGACGAUGUCAUUGACUUGCUUAACGUCGUUGAGGUGACUCAGCGUGCGGAAAAGACAUUGCCUGUCCCACUGCCGCUUGUCUCGGAUGCUCAGUGGGGCUAUUUCAUUCCGGAUGGAAUCUGAUUUUUAAAACUCGCCACAACCAUCUACUCCAAAGCAAGAGAUGUACA